AUGAUUGGUGGCACCGACGACAAGAGGCGGCCUUCUGCGCUCAACCUCACGCCGCCGGCCCGGUCUCUCACGGACGGCUCGACAGAUUCAGAGUCGUCCUCCCUCAAGCCGCCGCGCACGCCGCGCUUCGUCGAGUCCACCACGGUGCACUCGCCCGUCGAAGAUGACCGUCGCGACGCCGGCGUCGUUUCUGGCCGCUCACCCUUUGCCGAUCCGGAAAAGGACCACGACCAGAUCCAGGCCGUCGGCUUUGGCUACAUCAACAGCGGCCCCGGUGCCGCCGACGACGAGGCCUCCUCGUCCAUGCCACCCAAAUCGCCCCUCAAGAGCGCCAUGAAGGCGCCCGGUACGCCCGCCCGCAAACUCGACAACCCCCUCAGCCCAACCUUUCGCGAGGAGGACAUGCUGGAGAAGCGCGAGGCGUCGACCGAAGUCGAGCAGGCCCGCGAUCUUAAAAUCAAAACCCGCGUCCGCAUGGCCAAGUUUGCCCUCCGCGGCGUCAACUUUUCCUGCUCCCUCAUCAUCCUCGCCAUGAUCUCGUCCUCGUUUGCCAUCUUCAACAGCACCAAGAACCUGCCCAGCCAGAGCAAGAUGCCCUCGUGGGCGCAAAACACAAAGUCCUGGCCGCAGAAGCUCGUCCUCGCCAUGUCGUGCGUCUCCCUCGGCGCCUGCGUCCUCGUCUUCCUCGCCUACUGCCGCGGCGGCCACCGCCGCGCCGAGCGCGUCGGCACCUACUACACCAUGUUCGCCAUUGGCUGGUUCAUCAUCAGCCUCGUCCUCUGGGUCGUCACCGCCGCCCUCUUCCAAAACUCGAGAAACACCUCGGGCAACAAGGACAUGUGGGGGUGGUCCUGCGUCGACAACCAGCGCGCCCACGUCUUUCACGAAAAGGUCGACUAUGCCCUCGUCUGCCGCCUGCAAAACUGGAGCCUCAUCUGCAUGAUUAUCGAGAUUGUCGUCGAGGUCAUUUGCAUCACCCUCUACUCGGUCGUCUUUUACCGCUACUACACCAAGCGCCGCCUCACAAAGUCCAUGGACAUGCGCGACCGCGCCCGCUCCGACCUCUAUCUCGCCCAGCUGCGCUCCAUGUCCGCCCCCAACACGCCCGGAUUCGCUGCCGGCGGUCCCAAGUCGCCCGCCCUCAGCAGCUACGCCAUGUCGCCGCGCCACCCGCCCGCCGCCUACCAGAACAUGGGUCCCGUCCCCGAGACCAGCCCCUUCACUCCCGGCGGCAACAACGUCGUCGUCCCUGAUUCCCACUUCAACAGCCCUUCUCCCGGCUUCAAGCUGCAGCGCCCACCCGCCAAGGCGCCCUCGGCCACCCCCAAGCUCGGUCAAGGCGCCUUCACGCCAACGUCCACGGCGCCGGCCACACCCUCUGCGCCAGAGUUUGCCGUACCCGCACAGCAGCAGCAGCAGCAGCAGCAGCAGCAGCAGCAGCAGCAGCAGCAUGCUCCUCAAGCGGCGCACGAGCCCGUCUACGAUGCUGUUCCCAUCCCGGGAGCCUAUGCUGAUCAGGCUGUCAAGAGCCCGCACGCUGACCAGUCAAACUUUCGCUCAGUCUAA